UAUAUGUACGUCAUCUUCUAUUUUAGUACCUUGCACAUCAAUGGGUUUGUUCAUAUAUUAGCGUAAAAUAUUAUAAGAAAGUUCCAAGUUGAUGCAUAAAAUUAUUAUUAUUUCCCCUGUUGAUUCAAGUAAAAUAUCCAUGUGAUCCAUAAAUAUGUGGUUCAUAGUAGCUGUCUCAUAGCAACUCUUGACUAUUGGUUUGAGUAAUCAUGUAUUCUCCUAAGCCUCCACAUCUCUCAGCCCCUCCACAAGGAUAUGGUCAACCACCAUAUACCACCGGCGUUUCUGCAUCAACUCAGACGUCCUGGUCAAGUGGACUAUGUGACUGUUGUGUUGAUAUCCCAAAUUGUUGCUUAACAUGUUGGUGCCCUUGUAUUAUUUUCGGACAAAUAGCUGAGAUUGUAGACAAAGGAACAACUUCUUGUGGAGUACAUGGUGUUCGUUAUGCACUUAUCAAUGUCUUAACGGGUUUUGGAUGCCUUUAUUCUUGUUUGUAUCGAACUAAGUUGAGGCGUCAACAAGGAUUGCCUGAAGUUCCAACUAACGAUUGUUGUGUUCACUUCUGUUGUGGGCCAUGCGCUUUGUGUCAAGAGUAUCGUGAGCUCCAAUGCCGUGGAUAUGACAUGUCUAUUGGAUGGAAAGAAGGUAUGAAUAGGCAGAUGCAUGGAGUUCAAAUUCCACCUGUGGCUAUUGGAGGAAUGAAUCGUUAAGUUGGGGGCCAAAACUUCAAGUGUACUUAAAGUUUUCAAUACUCAUAGGGAAAAAUAUACGUUUAUGGGCACAUUCGGUGAUGUAUAAACUAGUCAAGAAAAAAGUGUAAAUCAAUUGGAGGUGCUAAAGAUCCCAAAUUUCAUGAUCUCUAUGUUUCGGAUUAAUAAAAAAAGUGUGUUUUUUAUUUUUAUUUUUAUAUGGGUGUUGUGCAGUGGUUUGUUGUAAACUGUAGG